AUGGAUAAUCAGACGGUGCUGGCUGUGCAGUCCUUACUGGAUGGUCAAGGAGGUGUGACGGAUCCAUCUGCUCAAAAUGUCAACUCCUCCACUGCCAUCCAGUCGAUGGAUGACGAAGAUGUGUUCCUCUGUGGGAAGUGUAAGAAGCAGUUCAACUCGCUGCCUGCCUUCAUGACCCACAAGAGAGAGCAGUGCCAGGGAAAUGCCCCUUCUCUCUCCACGGUCUCGCUGGCCACCAACAGUGUGUACACCCCCUCUAUCACAUCGGUGCAGCAGGCUCCGAGCGCCAGCCGGCAGCAAAUUUCUACGUACAUCACCGUUCCCCCAUCACCUUUGAUCCAGACCCUGGUGCAGGGGAACAUCCUAGUCAGCGAUGAGGUGCUGAUGUCGGCCAUGUCUGCUUUUACAUCCUUGGACCAGCCCAUGCCAACAGUGCAGCCCCCGGCGCAGAGCAGCUUGAGUAUGCACGCUGGGGCUGGCUACCUCUCCCAUCCGGGGCAGCCCAGCGCCGGCGGCAGUGGGGUGGUCGAAGUGUACAGUGCGCCGGCUCCUAUGGCAGCAAACAGCACGGUGGAGAUCCAGACGCUGGGGAUGCAGCCCUAUCCGCCCAUGGAGGUACCGAGCCAGUGUGUGGAAAGUCCCGUGUACCCUUCUCCUCCUGUGUACAGCCCUGGGAAGCAGGGGUUCAAGUCCAAGAGCACCAGCACUCCCACACCUUUGACCAGUGCAGGAGGAGGCGGUGUGGUUGGUUUUGAUUCCACCUCCGCUGCCAAAAGUCGGCGCUGCAAAAACGAGAGUGGGCUGCAGGAAGGCAAACCCAAGUCCCCCAAGCUGAAAUGCACUUACUGCGACAAGGCCUUUACCAAGAACUUCGACCUGCAGCAGCACAUCAGAAGUCACACAGGCGAGAAGCCCUUCCAGUGCAUCGUGUGUGGCCGAGCCUUUGCCCAGAAGUCCAACGUGAAGAAGCACAUGCAAACCCAUAAAGUGUGGCCGCCAGGGCUGGGGUGCACCAUCUCCCGCAAUUCCAUCACGGUGCAGGUCAUGGCCUUGAACCCAAACCAGCCAGAGGAUGAGGAGAACACAGGUUUGACUCAGCCCUCAAGGAACCCCGCACAACCGCCCCAAGACAUGAGCCCCUUGGACGAGAACGAGGCGGGCAAACUGGAAGCCAAGCAGGUUGUCUUGAUCGAUAGCUCUUACCAGUGCCAGUUCUGCCCCAGCAAAUUCAACACCUAUUUCCAGCUCAAAUCGCACAUGACACAGCACAAGAAUGAGCAGGUAUACAAGUGUGUGGUGAAGACCUGCGCUCAGACCUUCCAGAAGCUGGAGUCCUUCCUUGAGCACAUCAAGAGCCACCAAGAGGAGCUGAGUUAUCGCUGCCACCUCUGCAGCAAGGACUUCCCCUCCCUGUAUGAGCUGGGCGUCCACCAGUACUCCCACAGCCUGCUGCCCCAGCACAGCCCCAAGAAGGACGUGGCCGUGUACAAAUGUGUGAAGUGUGUAAAUAAGUACUCCACCCCGGAAGCCCUGGAGCACCAUCUGCAGACAGCAACGCACAACUUUCCCUGCCCUCACUGCCAGAAGGUGUUCCCCUGCGAGAGGUACCUGCGCCGCCACAUCCCCACGCAUGGUGGGGGCAGCAAGUUCAAGUGCCAGAUCUGCAAGAAGUUCUUUCGCCGGGAGCACUACCUCAAGCUGCACGCCCACAUCCACUCGGGUGAAAAGCCCUUUAAAUGCUCAGUGUGUGAUGCGGCCUUCAAUCGGAAAGACAAACUCAAGCGACAUAUGCUGAUCCAUGAGCCUUUUAAGAAAUAUAAAUGUCCCUUCUCAAGCCACACGGGCUGCAAUAAAGAGUUCAACAGGCCUGACAAGCUGAAGGCUCACAUACUGUCCCAUUCAGGGAUGAAGAUACACAAGUGCCAGUACUGUAACAAGUCCUUCAGCCGACGAGCCCACAUGAUAGAGCAUCAGCGCUCGCACACCGGUAACUACAAAUACCGCUGCCCCACCUGCAGCAAAGGCUUCACACGCCACAAGUACAUGAAGGACCACAAGUGCCGGCUGGGCUCACCCAAGGACAAAGACCUGCAGCUCAGGAAGCCCCAGAAGAAGCGGGUGGCACGGGGGCGCAAGGCGGGCCUUUCCCUCCCCAACCAGCUGGGUCUGGCAGAGCUGAAGGAUGGUGCUGCUGGGGAAAGCCCCCCCGAAGGUGGCCCUAACAAAGAACCGUUCCAGGAGUCGGACGCAGUCCUGUCCAUCGUGGUUGGUGGGUCAGGAGCUGCUGACUCGGACCUUGUCGUUCCUGGGCAGCCCAACAGCAUCGCAUCCAAUUUGGCCCUGGCAGAACUGCAGACUGCCUCGGACGGCCCCUGCACCAUGCUGGCUGUCCCUGUUUACAUCCAGACGACAGAGUGAUAAUGUGUAAGAGCCACUGUGUGGCUGAGGGCUGCUGCUGGGGCUGUCAGACUCGGUGCUAAAUUUUAUCCCAGUGAAAGAGACCAAAGCUCUUGUGGGGAGGUAGGUGGAUAUGGGAGAGAAUGGCUUUCAUCUCCACUUGUUCUUCCCAUCCUUGGGCAGAGGACUGCUUGGAAGCCACCGACGGCUACAAGGCACUGAAGAGAAUGGCUCCAUUAUUUCUUGUCCCUCUGCAUCCCUGGCCAGCCUAGGGCAAGAACGACUAAGAUCCCUGAAUCAGGGUAAGAAGAAGGAGCAUGCAAACUUGCAACAAACAGAGCUGCUGAAAUCAGGUGGCUUUGCAAAUCACAGCCUGUCCCAUCUGUGGUUUUUCUGGCCUAAAAGCUGUAUUGCCCAGUAUUUGGGUGGCCUUUCCGAGAGCAAACAAUUGAUCCUUCCUAGUGGAAGCAAGUUCAUCCUGAGAUCCUUUGGGAACACUGUUCAGAAAUACCCUGAUAGACUUAUCUCUGGUAUCUUUCUCCUCUCUGUCUCUAUCAGUAGAAAGAUCACCUUGUCUGUACUACAUGUGUUAUAAACACCAUGGACCUCA